CCUUUUGACACUGCCCUACCGAAGCUGUAGUUUGCGCGAAGUGAAUGACGUCUCUGAAUUUGCGGGCCGCCGACGCAGGGCUGGGUUUCCAUUUUCACAGCGAGUUUCGGGGGGGAUCGUCAACAUGGAGCCGGAGAUGGAAGACAAAACGGUGGAACUGAUGUGCUCUGUGCCUCGCUCUCUCUGGCUGGGCUGCUCCUCGGUGGCUGAGAGUUUGUGUGCACUCAGGUGCCUGCAGAGCAUCCCCUCCACCCGGGCUCACAACCAGACCACGUCGGGGAUGGAGUCGCAGACCUUAGUGGACGACCUGUCGCCAAAGAAGACUACAGUGCUCAAGCUCAAUGGUCCUGUGAUGGGUUCUCGCAAGCGUCCAUCAGAAGGGAACUACGAGAAGGAGAAGGAACACUGCAUCGCCUUGUUCGACCAGUGGUCAGAGGCCGACCAAGUGGAGUUUGUCGAGCGGCUGAUAUCCCGUAUGUGCCACUACCAGCACGGCCACAUCAACUCCUACCUCAAACCCAUGCUGCAGAGGGAUUUCAUCACUGCGUUGCCAGCCCAAGGCUUGGAUCACAUCGCAGAGAACAUCCUGUCUUUUCUGGACGCGCGCUCGCUCUGCGCGGCGGAGCUCGUUUGUAAAGAGUGGCAGAGGGUGAUCUCCGAGGGCAUGCUGUGGAAGAAGCUCAUCGAACGAAUGGUCCGGACCGACCCGCUCUGGAAAGGCCUGUCUGAAAGACACCAGUGGGAGAAAUAUUUGUUCAAGAACCGCACAUCAGAAAUCCCGCCUAACUCCUACUAUCACUCCCUUUAUCCAAAGAUCAUUCAAGACAUAGAGACAAUUGAGGCGAAUUGGCGAUGCGGCAGACACAACUUGCAAAGGAUUCAGUGUCGCUCGGAAAACAGUAAAGGUGUUUAUUGUCUCCAGUACGAUGACGAGAAGAUCAUCAGUGGCCUUAGGGACAACUCCAUCAAGAUCUGGGAUAAACAAACACUGGAAUGUCUGAAGGUACUGACCGGCCACACAGGCUCAGUAUUGUGUCUCCAGUAUGAUGAGAGGGUCAUCGUCACUGGGUCUUCUGACUCGACUGUCAGGGUCUGGGAAGUUACGACGGGGGAGGUACUGAACACACUGAUCCACCACAACGAGGCCGUCCUCCACCUGCGGUUCGCGAAUGGUCUCAUGGUCACCUGCUCCAAGGACCGCUCCAUCGCAGUAUGGGACAUGGCCUCGCCCACCGACAUCAGCCUGCGGCGCGUCCUCGUGGGACACCGCGCCGCCGUCAACGUCGUCGACUUCGACGACAAAUAUAUCGUGUCCGCCUCAGGGGACCGCACCAUCAAGGUGUGGAGCACCAGCACCUGUGAGUUUGUCCGCACUCUAAAUGGUCAUAAGCGGGGGAUUGCCUGUUUACAGUACAGAGAUCGUCUGGUAGUCAGCGGCUCAUCUGACAACACAAUCCGGUUAUGGGACAUUGAGUGCGGGGCGUGUUUGCGAGUGCUGGAAGGUCACGAGGAGCUGGUGCGCUGCAUUCGCUUCGACAACAAAAGGAUCGUCAGCGGCGCCUACGAUGGCAAAAUAAAAGUGUGGGACCUGCAGGCGGCGCUUGACCCUCGGGCCCCCGCUAGCACAUUAUGUCUGCGCACUCUAGUGGAGCACUCUGGCCGGGUUUUCCGCCUGCAGUUUGACGAGUUCCAGAUCAUCAGCAGUUCUCACGACGACACCAUUCUGAUCUGGGAUUUCCUGAACGUCUCGCCCAACGGCCAGUCAGAGGGGCGGUCUCCUUCCCGUACCUACACGUACAUUUCUAGAUAGCAGGUGGCGCCAUACAACUCGCCUUUUUAUAGGAGGAAAUCCAGGGCUGAUUGGCUGAUGGGUGCAUCUGUCGCAAAAAGGAGCGCGUCUUUUUUUCCCCCUCCUCUUCCUCCUGGUCAUCUCUCUGUCCAUCUCCCACUCAGCCCCCCCCUCCUGCCCGUUCUGACGGACCCUUAAAGCUUGUGCCCAUCGCCUGCCAGUUCAGCGACACGCAUACAGGCCAACACUGAGGACUCCCCACUGCAGAACCGACGCAACUCUCCCAAGACGUUCUGCUACUAAUUUAUGUUUUGUAAAGUACACUAAUGACAGUAUUAACAUAGACCUGGCAAAAACCCACAACUUUUUUUUUUCUUUUUUUGGUCCCCUUGAAGCAAACUUAAAGCCGCUUCUGCUCCUCAGAUUUUAACCCCUGCCAAAAACAGGUUUUCCGCAGAUGUGGAUUUGCUUAUAGAUAUAUAUUUAUAUAUAUUACACAGACAAACACAGUGGCACAGUUGGACAGAAGUUGACUGGAGCUGUGAUGCGGGAGACAGAGACUCUGCUCGGCUCUUAAGGAAGAAGGGAAGGACGGGAGAUCGAGGGGCUGAAAGAGGGAGAAACGUGUUGGCGAAGGCUUCCCUGCGCCUUCUCAAGAAGUUCUGCUCCUCCUUGACUCUCUCUCUCUCUUUCUCUCUCUGCACCCCCCCGCUCUCUCCCUAUCCCCGCCGCUUAGCCUCCCUUUCACAGCCCCUCCUACGAGGUGCACAUUGGCUCGGACUAAGGGGGCACACUCACACACACACUCUGAGCGUGUGUGUGUGUUUUAUGUGUAUGUGGACUUGUGAAAACGGCAGAACAGAAGCGUCAGACAUGCAUGUGAGGUUGCCUUGGAUACAGCAUCCCGGUACACCUCUGCUUUUUUUUUUUUUUUUUUUCCUCUUUAAUUCUUACUUUGUUACUGUUUUUUUUUUUUUAUCACUGUUGUUUUCUAAUUUUAUUUGAGUAUUUUGGUUCUUAGUACAAAGAAAAUCAUACUAAGCGUAGUCCUUUCUCUUCCUUCCCCUGCCUUUCUCCUCAUUCUUUCUACUUACCCCCACCAACCAACCCCCACCCCCCCCCCCCCCCCCCCCCCCCAGUGUUUAUCUGUCCUUCUUCACGCCAUCUUUCUCUCUCCCAUCAUCCUAAGUGCUUGCUUUGGUAAUGAGAGAAGCUGGAAUUCAAGAGCUCAAAAUUUAGCUGUAAACGGAGUUGUCUUGUCAAAAAUUGUGUUGUAUAUUAAAAUGAUUUUUUAAAGAAUAAAUUGACCUUAUUGUGAAUAAA